AUGUACGGUGGGCUCGCGGGUUAUGCUCGCGGGCCCGCCGUUCAGGUCGAAUCGAACGCAAAACGAAAAACUACCUUUAGUCGCGGCGAUCCUCGUGAUCGUUCCGACCUGAGGCAGCUCUGUCUGCAGACGUGCAGCAGAGCUGGUUCGUCAUUGAGUCGCCGUCUCGGUACGGCGUCCUCUGAUGUGUUUUCUGAUGCCUGGCCAGGCGAAAGAACCCGGCACGCUGACCCGAACGGGUUUGCGUGUCGGGUUUUUCUCCCAACACAGGAUCUGUGCCACUACGCACCGACUCCGGAUCGUCGGAGGGCACGUUGGUUCCGCCGACCGUCACGGCCGGGCGCCCGCCAGCGGACUGCCCGCGCUGCCGUCUUCUGCCAUGUGGGUGGAACGAUGGUGGUGCGGGUGCUUCGUUUGACGGGGGCCGGGCGCGGUGCCGGUCGGUCGGGAUGA